GUUCCGCUAUUCUCCGGCGCCACGGACGCAGGAUGCGACCGGCCAGGCGCGGCCGUUGUCCAAAGGGAAGGAGUUCAACGACAUCAUCUUGGCUGGUGGAGAAGAUGCAGAGGCCAUCCUGGUCUUCGCAAGCCAUCAUUUACUGGAGCUCAGCGUCGUCAACGCCGUGACGGCGGUCCAUCGGCUGGCCAAGUGCCCGGCCGCCACGCGAAAGGACCCACGACUGACGGCGCUCUUGGACCGCGUGCGGUACAUGUUUCAGACUUCCGUGCCCAAAGAGGCUACGCAAGGCCAUGCGUGGAACUUCCACGUCGACACACGCGCGCUGACCAACGUGGCAUGGGCCCAGGCGAAGAUGCAGCUGAGGGACCCGACCAUGCUCCAGUACAUUUCGGAGGAGGUCGCAGCGAGGGUGAAGCAGUGUACCGCGCAACAAAUUGCUAAUUGCGCUUGGGCUUUUGCAACGCUCGGCCUGAAGCACACGAGGCUGCUGACGGCCUUGACGAGGGAGGCCGUUGGGCGGAUUGCCGAAUUCAGCCCUCAGAACUUGAUGUGCACCUGCCGCUGUUACGAGCUGCUGCGGAGAUCUCCCCCGGCCGUCUCGGCCAAUUUUCGCCACAGCAUCUCUCCAUCGUGGCCUGGGCGGUGGCGACCCUGGGCUUCCGGAGCGAAUCGCUGA